CACCGAUAUCAAAAUCAUCACAAUACAAAAAUAAUGCCUAGGCCCUCACGUGAAUCGUACGGUGAUCAAAAACCUCCCUAUUCAUACAUUUCGCUGACGGCAAUGGCCAUUUGGAGUUCACCGGAGAAAAUGCUACCUCUAAGCGAUAUAUAUAAAUUUAUAACCGACAGGUUUCCAUACUAUCGAAAAAACACACAGCGCUGGCAAAACUCACUGAGACACAAUCUCAGUUUCAACGAUUGCUUCAUCAAAGUACCCCGACGACCGGACAGACCCGGAAAGGGGGCCUAUUGGGCACUGCACCCGCAGGCGUUCGAUAUGUUCGAGAACGGGAGCUUGUUGCGACGAAGAAAACGCUUCAAAUUGCAUAAAAAUGAUAAGAACCUCCUCAAUGAGGAGCUUACCGCCUUGGCGAACAUCAAUCGAUUUUUCUUCACGGCCCGUUCGGGGAGCACAAUAACGCCAAUGCCGGCUUUGGACGUCAAUAGUGCCACUAUGAAUGUGGUAGAGUCUACGGCAAUUUUGUCACACCACGCUGCAAAUCGUGUUUCGCCCGCCGCCAUGGUGCAACAUUGCCCCUUGCCACAUAUGGCACAUAGGCCUAGGCAGAAUGCGGAGAGCAAUUUGACCGAAAUGACAUUGCUCAAUCUGCGCUCGUCCACAAAUAAUAAUGGAGCUCUCGAGCUGGAGCACGGCACAAAUAGUUAUCGGCCAAAGCGAUCGUUUACAAUCGAAAGUCUUAUCACGCCCGACAGGCAGCCGGACCAGGUCUCCGAGGAGGACGAGGAAGACGACGAUCGCACCGACAUCGAUGUGGUGGAGUGCGGCGGUGGCAAUAACAACAUAUUUACGAAUAUAUCCGAUUACCCGCGAACAUCAUCCGCCGAGAUGAGUCCAUCGAUACCGCUGCCCGCCGCACAUCCCGAGGAUCAACGACAGCGCCCACUACCUCCACUGCAUACGAUAACAGCUUCGGCGCAUUUACCGUUCCUGCAUUAUGCGGCUGGGGUCAACGUAUCCGGAAAUAUUCAGGCGUCCUCGGGCAUUUCGUCCAUGACAUAUGACUUGGCGAUGGCACAUCCGCUCCUGAUGAUGUCGGCAGCACCAAUUGGGAAUAUACACAGUAGCUAUUGCAACACAUUUUCGAUAAUACCACCGCCGCAAACGUACCGAGGACCCGAAACUCAGAAUAGAAUAAGCUCUGGUAUGCGAACGAUAUAAACAUAUGCUUCUAUUGGACGAAGCUAUUCCAGUGUGUAUAUGUGAGAAUUCAAUGCUGUU